AUGUCGUCCAUGCAGCAGCGCAAAAAUGAGAUCUUGGCCAAGCGGGCUAAGCUUGCGGAGCUGAAGAAACAGCGCGAGCUCCGCCAAAAGGAGUUCACCAACACCCGGAGCAGCGUCGGGGAUGCUUCAGAGAUUGUUUCGCCGGCCCCCAGUCAUUCUGGUAGUCGAGCUGAACUCGAUGAUUUGAUUUCACGCCUCGUUGACCGUCCUGGAUCGGCUGCCCUUAGCCAUGGCGCCGAGGGCCAGUCGCGCAAAGGAAGUCGCCCGAAUUCCGUACUCAGCGCCAGCCAACUGAGUGGAGAGAAUGCCGAGACCUAUACGCCUUCGUCUAGACCCCAGUCCCAAUCAAUUGCCGUUCAGACCGUCGGAGAAGAACCCUACACCACCUCCACACCGGAAGCCCUAGCCCAACCCCAUGCCCCGCGCGCCCCUGAACCCAAAUCGGAAGUUGUAACAUACAGCAAAGCCGUGCAAACAGACGCAUUGGACCAGCCUUCUGAUUCUCCAGAUGGGUCUGUCGCCUCAGACAAUGAAGAACUCGCCGGAGCCCCGCGUUCGGGCAAGAGGCUCAGUCGACGGGAUCGCGAGCGUGACGAGGAGAUCCGACAAAAGAUUCGGGCUGAGAUCGAGGAGGAAUUGCAGGCAACAAAUCAAGCUGGACAGGAAGCAGCUGCCGCGCAAUCCUCUGAGCUUCGCUACCCUAUGCGCACACUCGAUGACGAUGAGUUGAAAGCUGUGACCUCAUCGGACGAUUUCCUGGAUUUCGUGGAACGCUCAGCAAAGGUCAUUGAGCGAGCUCUAGACGAGGAAUACGAUGUUCUCGCAGACUACGAGUUGGGCGGCGUUGAUGGGGACUUGGAAGAAGACGAAGAAACUGGCAAGAAGAGGAGAGGAAUCCGAGAGAUUUGCCAGUUCUGGGACGAGCGCUGGAGCAAGAAGCGCAUGAUCAGUGAUAUCAGCUUCUCCCCCAAGUUCCCUGAAUUAGUGCUGGCGUCUUAUACCAAGAAUCCCUCUGCGCCCCACGAACCAGACGGUUUGGUGCAGGUCUGGAACCAACAUCUGCAAUCCCGCCCAGAAUACGUUUUCCACUCUACUUCCGACAUCCUCACUGCCAAAUUCUCUCCUUUCCACCCUAACCUCAUUGUGGGAGGCUCGUAUUCUGGACAGGUUCUCCUAUGGGAUACUCGCUCCUCUCGUGCAGGCGGAGGUGCCCCCGUCCAAAAGACUCCCCUUACUGGAUCUGGGCACACGCAUCCAGUGUAUAGCAUAUCUAUCAUCGGUACUCAGAAUGCGCACAACAUCUUGACAUCCUCCACAGACGGAGUGGUUUGUGGUUGGACAGUGGACAUGCUUUCGCAGCCACAAGAGUAUCUGGAGCUGACCACUCCCCCUCCAUCCAAGACGGAGGAUCUCGCACCAACAACCAUGUCAUUCCCGCAAUCCGAUCCAACGUUUUUCGUCGUCGGUACCGAAGAGGGAGGCAUCUACCCAUGCCACCGGUACGACCGAGCCGGGGCCAAAGCAGGCACAGACCACCGCCUCGCCUAUCGCGGACAUGCAGCCCCGAUCAUGUCUACCGCAUUCCACCCCGCCCGCGGACCUGUUGAUCUGGGCGACCUGAUGCUGAGUUCAAGUCUGGAUUGGAGCGUCAAACUCUGGCGCGUGCGGGCACCAGCCACUACCGCCUCUGUUACCUCCGGGACCGCAGCUGCUCAAGUCGUCUCGCCCAUUCUGGACAUCACCCGCGAGGACGUCGUAUACGAUGCCCGCUGGUCCCCUCACCGACCUGGCGUCUUCUCCCUGGUCGACGGAGCUGGCAACGUCGAAGUAUGGGAUCUCUACACGGACACUGAAGUUCCGGUUGUACGAACCAGUCCAUCCCGUGGUCCCAGUGGCGGUAUCUCUCGCAGUCUCAACAAAGUUGCAUGGGAAGAACGUGAAGGCCGACGCCUCGCUACAGGUGGUCUUAACGGUGUUGUCACGGUAUUUGAGGUGGGUAAGGGCUUGGGUGGACCGUCAGAAGAGGUCCCCGCUGAAGAGUGGGGGGGUAUGAAGCGACUUGUUGGGAAGCUGGAGCAGAAGGACAGGGUGGCUUAG